GCUACGGGUGUCCGCCAAUUGCGAGUGAGUGGUCCGAAAUUGCGUGGUCCGAAAUUACAAUAAAGUGGGCGUUUGUGUUGGAGGUUAGAGUUGAGCUACAGGUGUCCGCCAAUUGCGAGUGAUGAAAGCUUGAGACGGCGAGGAAUUUCUGUCUUCGUGAAUUCACUCGCUCGACGAUGGCCGAAUCGAUCCACUCCCACGAUGCUUCCUCUGUACCUCAACAAAGAUUUGUAAUUACAAACAACUAUGGUGAGAAGCUUGUUGCCGUGCUACAUGAAACUGGAUCGAAGAAGCUUGUUAUACUGUGCCAUGGUUUUGGAUGUACAAAGGAUCAUGAAAUAAUACUUAACCUUAGUGAUGCAAUAACAAGUAAAGAUAUCAGUGUGGUUCGCUUUGAUUUUUCAGGAAAUGGUGAGAGUGAUGGUACCUCUGAGUAUGACGACUUAUGGAAAGAAGUUGAAGAUUUACAUUCUGUACUCCUCUACUUUUCUGAGAAAGAUUAUGAAACAAGUGCUGUUGUUGGUCAUAGUAAAGGGGGAUCUGUGGUGGUCUUGUAUGCAUCUAAGUAUGCAGAUGCUCAUACAGUCAUAAAUAUUUCUGGCUGCUUUGACUUUAAAAGAGGAAUUGAAAAUGUCUUGGGCCAAGAUUAUCUUCAAAGAAUUAAAAUUGAUGGUUUCAUUGAUGUUAUGGACAAAAAUGGUAAAUUUGCAUUCAGAGUAACUGAAGAAAGUCUAAUGGGCAUACUAAAUUUUGAUAUGCAUGCAGCAUGCCUCUCAAUUGAUAAGACGUGCAGGAUCUUCACAGUUCAUGGUUCAGCUGAUGAAAUCAAUCCUGUAGAAGAUGCCUAUGAAUUUGCAAAGGUGAUACCCAACCACAAGCUGCACAUCAUUGAAGGUGCCGACCAUUUUUACACCAAACAUCAGGAAGAGCUGGCCAAAGUUGUAGUGAAUUUCCUAGCUUCUGUUUAGGUAGAAGAUGAUACCGUGUCAGGCAACUAGAAGAGACCUACAGAAUCUGUUUGAUUAUCACCAAUGCAUCCAUGAAGAGGGAUUCUCAAGUGUUUCUGUUUUGUCAUCUAUUGUAUUGUAAUGAUAUUAUUCAUCACACGAUAUCAAAUGUAGAGAUCAUGAUUCUGCAAAAAUAUGUUAGCGGUAAACAUCAUCGUCAAAUCUGUAAUAAAUUUAUAAUAUUUAAUCUUAUAUUUUGUUUUUAACAAAUA